AUGGACACAAGUGAUGAAGGAUCAAAACUUCUUCAUGGCCAAGCGAAGAUAUGGAAACAUUUGUUCGGCUUUGUAGAUUCCAUGGCCCUAAAAUGUGCUGUGGAGCUUCAAAUUGCUGACAUUAUACACUUCCAUGGCCGCCCCUUAUCCCUGUCCGAAAUCUCCUCCAAUAUCACCAACUCUUCAUCCCCAAAUAUCCCAUAUCUGGCACGAAUCAUGAGGUUGUUAGUCCGGAACAAGAUCUUCACAUCCAGUGAAGUUCGACCGGGUCACGGUGGAGACGCACCCUCCACCAUCCUCUACGACCUUACUCCCGCCUCGCACUGGCUGUUAAAUAACAACAAUCAGUUGAGCUUGGCUCCAUUUAUCUUAAUGGAGAACCAUCCAUGGCUUUUAAGUCCAUGGCAUCAGUUGAGUGCUUGUGUAAGAGAAGGUGGCAUUGCAUUUCAAAAAUCUCAUGGAAAAGAGAUAUGGGAUUUUGCAUCACAAAACCCUGAGUUCAACAUGAUUUUCAAUGAUGGGAUGGAAUGUACUGGGAAGAUUACAGUGCAAGCAGUUCUUUCAGGGCUUAAAAGUGCUAACUGGGAUGGUGUGGAAUCACUUGUGGAUGUUGAGGGUGGAAUUGGCGCAACCAUAGCAGAGAUUGUCAAGGCUUAUCCACAUAUCAAAGGAAUCAACUUUGAUUUGCCACAUGUUGUUGCUACAGCACCUAAGUAUGAUGGAGUUUCUCAUGUUGGUGGUGACAUGUUUGAUGCCAUCCCUAGUGCUCAAGCCAUCUUCAUGAAGUGGAUAAUGCAUGAUUGGGAUGAUGAGGAUUGUGUGAAAAUAUUAAAGAACUGUCGAAGAGCAAUACCAGAAAAAACAGGAAAGAUCUUCAUUGUGGAUGUGGUCUUAAAGCCUGAAGGUGAUGGGCUAUUUGACAGCGUUAGGAUGAAACUUGAUUUGGUAAUGAUUGCUCACGCCUCUGGAGGUAAGGAGAGGACUGAACCUGAAUGGAAAAUACUUCUACAGAAAGGAGGCUUCCCCCGUUACAAUAUUAGCGAAAUUCCAGCUUGCUUAUCCGUUAUAGAGGCUUAUCCAGAAUGA